UCUGUGAUUCUUUGCAAAAGGGGCCAGGAGGGAAAGCUAUCAGGUUCUCACGUGAGCGUGGACAGAUUUUUAUGAAUUGUUUUAUGGCAGGAAAGCAUCAAUAUAAACUGGGCUGUCCUGCUUGAAAGAGCUGCUUGACUUCUCAGAUAUUGACAGCAUUUUUUACCGCCCUGCUCACCUCUCUGAAUGACUCGUUCUCGAGAAUAUGUUCCUGAAUACUAUAUCUGGGCUUGUUCUCUUACCUGAGAGCAGGAAGCUGAAAGGUGAGUGAUAAAGCCACCUGCUGCUCUCUGCUUUACAGAAAUUGAGGAGGAGCCUGAGACAGUUUCUUGGACGCCCCACGACUAUCAGAAACUACAUUUUGGAAGAGCUAAAAGAAGACCAAGGAAUAUGGGGUUUACAUUUGCUUCCAUGGAAUCCAAACAAUCUUCCCUUGGAAAUAGAAACAGACUGUGGCAAGACAUCUUCCCAAAUUAGGAAAGAAGCUAUUGAAGGGCUUUUUCCCUAUAGUGUCUGGUUUUCUUUGGUGGUACUUGGUGCCCUGUACUGUUUUGGAAGGUAGUUGUGGUUUGGUUGAACGAGUAUUAGGCUUAUAGAGGAAACAAGGGAGGAGGAAGAGUGAAGGGUCCCAGAUUUGCUUCUUAUAACAUAUGUGAUAUUUGGAUUCCAUCCUCCUCCUCCUUUCAUGUGCCCAAACUCUACCGAUCUCCCAUGCUGUGAAGAUGGUUUGGUGGAAGAAGAAACGCUGCAGGCAGCAUUACCUGUGGGCCCUGGGCUGCUAUUUGCUGCUGGCCAUUGUUGCUCUGAGACUUUCUCUCAGAAUGAAAUGUGACUUUGAUUCCCUGGAUCUGGAGUCCAGGGACUUUCAAAGCAGGCACUGCAGGGAUGUCUUGUACACGUCCCUGAGGUUGCCAGCAAAGAGGUCCAUCAACUGUUCUAGAAUCAUCCAAGGGGACAAGGAAGCAGUGAUUGAGGCCCUCCUGGACAAGCUGGAGGUCAAGAACAAACGGGAGCCUUUCACAGACAUGGACUACCUCAACAUGACCAGAGACUGUGAGCACUUUAAGGCCAACAGGAAGUUCAUACAGCACCCACUCAGCAGAGAAGAGUUGGACUUCCCUAUUGCAUACUCUAUGGUGGUCCACGAGAAGAUCGAAAACUUUGAAAGGCUGCUGAGAGCUGUGUAUGCCCCUCAGAACAUAUAUUGUGUUCAUGUGGAUGAGAAGUCCCCAGAAACUUUCAGAGAGGCAGUCAAGUCAAUUAUUUCAUGCUUCCCAAACGUCUUCCUGGCCAGUAAGUUGGUUCGGGUGGUUUAUGCCUCCUGGUCCCGGGUGCAGGCUGACUUGAACUGUAUGGAAGACUUGCUUCAGAGCUCAGUGCCAUGGAAAUACUUCCUAAAUACGUGUGGAACAGACUUUCCUAUCAAGACCAAUGCCGAGAUGGUCCUGGCCCUCAAGAUGUUGAAUGGGAAGAACAGUAUGGAGUCCGAGGUACCUAGUGAGGCCAAAAAGUCUCGCUGGAAAUAUCACUAUGAGGUGGCAGACACAAUAUACAUGACCAGCAAGUUGAAGGACCCUCCCCCUUAUAAUUUACCUAUGUUCACGGGGAAUGCUUACAUUGUGGCUUCUCGAGGCUUUGUCCAGCAGGUCUUAGAGAACCCCAAAUCCCAACAACUGAUUGAAUGGGUGAAGGAUACCUACAGCCCCGAUGAACACCUCUGGGCCACCCUGCAGCGUGCUCCUUGGAUGCCUGGCUCUGUUCCUUACCACCCCAAAUUUCACAUGUCAGACAUGGCUUCCAUUGCCAGGCUGGUGAAGUGGCAGGGCCACGAAGGAGACAUCAGUAUGGGGGCACCUUAUCCACCUUGCUCUGGCACCUACCAGCGGUCUGUCUGUGUCUAUGGGACUGGGGACCUUCACUGGAUUCUUCAGAACCAUCACCUGUUGGCCAACAAGUUUGACCCAAAGGUGGAUGAUAAUGUUCUUCAGUGCUUGGAAGAAUACUUACGUUUUAAGGCCAUCUACAGGACUGAACUCUGAGGUGCGCUGAGACUGUUGCUGCCUGUGGGACAAGAGCAUGUGCAGACAUGCCCAGAGUGUGCUGGGACAGUGCGGGGUGGGAGACCAGGCUCUCUGGGACCCAUGGCAUCCCUAAGGGUAAAGGGCUGCUCUCGGAGUGUGGGUAAGUAGAUCUGCUGUGUUGCAAAGGCCUGCCCUGGAUGAACACCGCCUCACCCCACCCCGCUCCCACAGACCCUCCGCUGACCUUCUCCCAGAGUGAGCACAUGAACUGGUUAUUUGGGAGUGUCAGGGAGGCAAGUAUAUGGCACGGGCCCCCGGAUUUUAGUUGAAGGCUUAGUGUCCCACUUUUCCAUUCUGUGGAGAUGCCAUUCCUAAUAGUUUGAGGUUUGGUAGUGGGGAGGGGGAGUUUGAUGGAAAGAGGGCCUUCUCUUUUGUACCAUUAAUUUUAAAAUAAAUAGCUCCUGAUUCAAAGCCCUACCUCUUCUUUUUGUUUGGUAAGCCAGAAAUAAGACAAAAGUAGGAGACUUUUUUUUUCAUUACUGUUGGUGAUGUUUAAAACCACUGAUAGCUGGCAAGAGACUCCCCAUUACUCCAUAAUGGUCAUGGCAGGCUGUGUAAAUAGCAAAUUCAAAAGGGUGAAGAGCAGCGGAGCUGAUGCUUUCAUUACUGCAAGCCCCUCUCACGUCGUUUACAUUGCCAGGUCUGUGACUCUUCUGUGUGGGAGAGGGCAGGGUGAUUUAACCAAUCUGACCACUGAAUCCAUACGUGAAAAUUAACAGCCCAAAUUUUUCCAGCUUCACAGCCAAACCCUAAUGUACCAUAACUAAGAUAAUUAUUUUAGGGAAGGUCACCACAUAACUUUUUGUCCAAAGCUGGAACACAUUAAGGGGGGGAGGGUGCAUGGCUGCACUGUUAAACUUACGUUGGAAAAAGAGAAUAAACUAGGACUGUUCAGCUACCCCAGCUGUUUCACACUUAGGCCUCAGUUUGUGUGAUGUGAAUGAUGUUCCCAUUGACAAUCAUGAUAUUGUUGUUUCUUCAUUUAUGAUUAUGGCUCAAUCAGUUUUGCUCUCAUAACCAACUUAUAUAUGUAACUUAUAUAAACAACUUAUGUAACCUCUGUACUCUGAGUAGUUAUAACUGUGUCUGACAUGGCGCAUUUUCUCUUUAUAAGCUAACGACUACUUUUUAUGAGGCUGUAUUCCUUUGGUAAAUGGGCAUCUCCACCACCAACCUGCCUGCAUCCUAACGUUGAGUCCUCUUCCCUGCACUCCCGGCCCCACCAUGGAGAUGACUGAUGAACAGCCAGGCUCAGCAGAGGAGCCCCUGUGAGGCCUGGUCCCAGCAAUGGCAAUCGCGGGCUUCUCCACUGCUGCUGUGGCAAGUGGGCAGAAAAACUUUCCUGAAGACACCUGUUCUGAGAAAAGAACUCAGGUCUUUGGCCUCAUCGUCAACUUCCUCUGUAAAUUUUCAUGUGAAAUAAAUGAUAUAUUUUUUAAUAUAAA